AGAGUAAUUGGUUAGUUUGUUCAUUCAUUCAUUCAUUUUCAGUAACCACUACAUCCUGGCAAGGAUCUAUCCCUGGGAAUUCACGGGGUGUCAUUCCAUCGCAGAUACCAUGCACACACACACACACACACACACACACACACACACACACCGAGGAGCAAUUUAUGGUUAGCAGUCCAUCUGGUAUGUUUUUGAGAGGUGGGAGGAAAUCAGAGUACCUGGAAGAAACUCACAGGGAUGCAGGAAGUCAUCUGAGCUCAGUAUCAACCCAGAGACCCUAGUGCACUCUACCUACUCCACCACCAUGCUGCCUAUAAUUACUUAAUCCAAUUCAUUAAUAAAGAGUAACUCUGCCUAGAGUUUUGUUCAAUGAUAAAUUUUGAUUUUCUAAAAUGAAAGGAAAUUAGCGGUAAAAAAGAAGAUUCCCUAGGGCCUCAGACACCUAAACUUUGCUCUCCCUGAUUUUCACACCAAAUCAAGCAAGCAUGACUUGUAAUUGAAAGUGAAGGUGUGAGAUAGUGAGUGAUGGAGGAAGGAAGAAAGAGAGAGAGAGAGAGAGAGAGAGAGAGAGAGAGAGAGAGAGAGAGAUCGCCAUCUACUGGUAGUUAUGUUACUAAGGGAGGAUUCAUUCAUUCAUCUUCAGUAAAGGAGUUUAUCCUGGGAACACUGUAUGGGAUGUCAAGCCAUCAAACGGCAUCACACACACACAUGUUCACACCUAGUGACAAUUUUUCAUCGCCUAUCCACCUACCAGUAUGUUUUAGGGAGGUAGGAGGAAAGUGGAGAACCCGGAGGAACCCCACAUGGACACAGGGAGAACGAGUGAAACUCCAUACAGACAGUAAUCUGAGCUUGGACAAUGUCCCACUACUAAAUGAGGAUACAAUAUACAAAAAGAUUAGAUUACACUUUGAUGGUUUUAUUAGAAUGGGAUAAAUUGCCACAGCAACGUAUUUUUUUCUUCUUCUAAAAAUCCCGUUUUCUUUUGUUAAAGCUAAAUGGCUGGAAAUUGCUAUUUACUUCAGUUUUUACUUCAGUUUGGACUCAUGGCUCUGCAGCACCAGUGUUUUCUGGAGCCACCAGCUUUGAAUGAACAGACAAAACACACACACACACACACAGGGCCUGGUAAUUUAAGCCUCUUAACACUAAUGCAUGUGUUGCUGAGUGAGCACUGGACAAGAACAAAAUGGCUUCAGGAAAUUCAUCAGCAGUUUAGAACUAUGAAGAUUGAUAAUAUGUCCCAGUUUUGAUUUUGGCAGUGUGUUAAGAUAGAAUAGAGGGCAAAUACGUAACCGGUGCAAGUCCUUGGAAGUACAGUCAAUAGGAUAAAAUGGCAGAUGUGGUGGGUAUGUGGGAGGUGCCUCUCAGUGAUGGGAUUUACCAGAUUGAGUUUGAGCAUGGAACCACCACAGGGAAACGUGUUAUUUAUAUCAACGGAAAGGUGAGACGAAAUGAGAUCCUCAGAAGAGACUGGAUGUUCAAACUGGUGGGCAAGGAAACAUUUCCUGUUGGACGUACAGGCGCAAAAGCUACUAUAAAUAUCGAAGCACUUACCGGCUUUACUUACGAGUACACUCUGGAAAUCAAUGGAAAGAGCCUCCAGACUUUCAUAGACAACUGGGCCAAAAUAUCCAUGACUUGGCUGCUGAAACUUGAUGGUGCUGACUGCAGGAUUGUUCUGGAGAAAGACACCAUGGAUGUAUGGUGCAAUGGUCAGAAGAUGGAAACCACGGGGGAGUUUACAGAUGACAGCACUGAAACACAUUUCGCAGUGGGAAAGCAUGAGUGCUGCAUAAAAGCCACUAGCAGUGAGAAAAAAAGAACUGGAGUAAUGCACACUCUGUUCGUGGAUGGGACAAAGGUCAUGUGAUCAAGAGGAAGUACCUGUUUCACUUUUGAGUACUUGAGGCCAAGGUGGAGAAGGAGCAGAGACGUUACUUCCUUGUGCACAAGCACUUCUGAAUCGAACGUUAAGCUAAUU